AUGCCGCACUCUUACGGUAUCCGCGCUCGUACGCGGUACAUGUUCUCUCGUAAAUUUCGAGAACGUGGAGCUAUCAAACUUUCAACUUACCUCAAGACAUAUAAGGUCGGCGAUAUCGUUGAUAUAAAGGCCAACGGUGCCGUCCAAAAGGGUAUGCCCCACAAGUUCUAUCACGGUCGCACUGGUAUCAUUUAUAAUGUAACAAAAUCUGCUGUUGGUGUUAUCAUUAAUAAACGUGUUGGCAACCGUUACAUUGAAAAACGGGUUAACGUUCGCAUUGAGCAUAUCAAGCAUUCGAAAUGCAGGGAUGACUUUUUACGUCGCGUUAAAGAAAAUGCAAUCAAGAAAAAAGAGGCUAGGGCUAAAAAUGAAAAGGUCAAUCUCAAGAGGCAACCACUAGCUCCUCGACCUUCUCAUUUUGUCUCAACCUCUAGGAAUCAUCCAACGAGCAUCACACCUAUCCCAUAUGAUACUCUAGUCUAA